CGAGGAUCUCGGCCCGAUGUCCGUCCUGCUCUAACGCAAAGGGUGCCGAGACGUGGCGACGCCGUGCAGGAUGCUGUCAGCGAGCGUCUCGAUGCACCAACCAAGGUGCGCCCUGAGCUGGGGUGAUUGGCUCGUCCACGUCUGCGUCGGGCAGGCGUGCUUCUCGCGCUGCGUCACUGACUUGUCUGAGCACCAUCCGCCCCGCUUCGCAGGGAUCGGCGCCGCGUUGCGGCGUCGAUCGAUGCCCCGCUGUGCCGAGCCUGGCAUGGAACAGCUUGCGCCCCCAUGGCCUGGGCAGCCUGGCCGAAGGCCUCCGCAAAAUCGGGUGCGCGAAGCGCCGGAGGGAUCGUUCUGCCGGGAGCCGCUGCAGCCUCUCCAGCAGAGGGCUGAGGUCCCUCCAGAUUGCCCGGUCUAGCUCGACGCCCGCGUCGCACUCGCCAGCCCUCGGCGGGGCCCCC